UUGGUGAUCCCAAUCUUUCCAUAGGAUGUUGUGUUCCCAAUCUUUCCCCUGGAUUGCUGAUCCCAACCUUUCAUGGAGCUCCGUUACCGCACAAUCCCGACCCCCCCCAGGGACAGCUGGGACAAUUCCAGCUUUUCCAGCUCUUCCUCAGCGCCACCAUUCCCCCUGAAAUGAAGGAUGGAUGAUCCUCCUUGGCAAAACCUGAUCCUUAGGGAAAAGCCCCCGGAGCCGCUGCCGCCGUGGCCCUUCCAGGGAUUCCAGCUCCGGGACAUUCCGGAGCCGCGUGGCCGAAUCCCGGCACGUCCCUGGCUCUGCCCACAAUUACAGAGGAACGGGAAAACCAUGGAUACAGCACCCGGAGAGUCCUGGAAUAUCCGCAGCCGCCAAUUAUCCGGAGGCUGAUGUUUGGAUUCCAGAGUGGAUAAUUUAUGGAGAAGUCCAGGCCCGGGCGCUCGUCCCAUUGGAUGGAAGUUCCUCUGGAAUAACAAUACCUGGCGCUGGGAGCGCACGGAUAACCCAAAUCCCGGGAUCUGAAAGGGAGAUGAUUCCAUUUGUUCCGCCGGGAGCGGGAACAAACAGCUCCGUCUGCUCUGCCGCCGGCAGCUGGUUCCCAUUAUCCCUGGAAAAGAUCCCGAUUUUUCACUGGGAGGGGAAUUCGGAGCCGCCUUGGCUCGUUCCAAGUAUGAAGUGAAUGUGGAGCACAAAUGAAAAUUCCAAGGGGUGAAGGGCUCGGAGGCGAGGCAGCUCCUCCCAGUGGGAGCUGAAAUUCCCAAUUCCAAGUGGUGCCCUCAGAUUCCAGUCCUCUGGAGACCACCAGGAUUGGGAAUUCCUGGGAAGUGUGAAUUUGGGGGAGAAGCUCUUCCCAAUGGAAAAUCGCUUCCAAAGGAACAGGAGAGGGAAGUGGGAGCUGAAAUUCCCAAAUCCAAGUGGUGCCCUCAGCUUCCAAUCCUCUGGAGACCACCAGGACUGGGAAUUCCUGGGGAUGGAGUAUGGAUUCCGUAGGAUGGGAAAAGCUUGGGAGAGGAUGACGGAAAGGGAGCAAGGCAAGAGACCCAGGGAAGAGAUUUUGGAGGAAAAGUGAGGAAUUUGGGGAAUUUGAGUGUCCAAGAACAGGUUGGAUAAGGCUUGGAGCCAGCUGGGAUAGUGGGAAUUGUCCCUGCCCAUGGAAUGGGAUGGGUUUGAGGUUCAUUCCCACCAAAACCAUUCCAGGAUUCCAUAAUUUUUGUGUACCUAUAUUUAGUGUCUAUCCCAGCUUCCUUAUUUUCCACCCAUUCGGAUUUAUUUGGAAGUGGAAAAAGCAGCGGGAUGGAGGAAGAGGAAGCUGUGGGAUCCCAGGAAACCCCGGCAGGAGAGGAUUGAACAAGGGAUUAAUGGGAAAAUCCAAGGAGAUUACAAAAUUCCAUGGAAUCCAGCCGGACUGAGGACUUGGGAAUUCCUUCAACAUCGACACCAAGAGGCCCCAGAUCAUCGCGGGAUCCAGGGAAGCUUUUUUUGGAUACACGGUGCAGCAGCACGACAUCGGCGGGAAGAAAUGGCUGGUGGUGGGAGCUCCGUACGAGUCCAACGGGCAGCAGAAGACCGGAGACGUCUACAAGUGUCCAGUGCUGAGUGAGAGCCACGGAAACUGCACCAAGCUCAACCUGGGGCGGGUGACGCUGUCCAACGUGUCGGAGCGCAAGGACAACAUGCGCCUGGGCCUGAGCCUGGCCACCAACCCCAGGGACAGCAGCUUCCUGGCCUGCAGCCCGCUGUGGUCCCACGAGUGUGGCAGCUCCUACUACACCACGGGGAUGUGUUCCCGCGUCAACUCCAACUUCCGCUUCUCCAGAACCGUGGCUCCGGCUCUGCAGAGAUGCCAGACCUACAUGGACAUCAUCAUCGUUCUGGAUGGAUCCAACAGCAUUUAUCCGUGGGUUGAAGUCCAGCACUUCCUGAUAAAUAUCCUGAAAAAGUUUUACAUCGGUCCUGGACAGAUCCAGGUGGGAGUUGUCCAGUACGGAGAGGACGUGGUCCAUGAGUUCCACCUGAACGACUACAGGUCCGUGCAGGACGUGGUGGCGGCCGCCAGCCACAUCGAGCAGCGCGGGGGCACCGAGACCAGGACCGCCUACGGCAUCGAGUUCGCUCGCUCGGAAGCGUUUCGGAAAGGUGGCCGGAAAGGGGCAAAGAGAGUAAUGAUUGUCAUCACAGAUGGAGAGUCCCACGACAGCCCAGACCUGGAGAAGGUGAUCGAGGACAGCGAGAGGGACAACGUCACCCGAUACGCGGUGGCGGUCUUGGGUUAUUACAACAGGAGAGGGAUCAACCCCGAGGCCUUUCUGAACGAGAUCAAGUUCAUCGCCAGCGACCCUGAUGACAAACACUUCUUCAACGUCACCGACGAGGCGGCGCUCAAGGACAUCGUGGAUGCUCUGGGAGAAAGGAUUUUCAGCCUGGAAGGAACCAACAAGAACGAGAUCUCCUUUGGACUGGAAAUGUCCCAGACUGGAUUUUCAUCCCACGUUGUGGAAGACGGGAUCCUGCUGGGAGCAGUGGGAGCCUACGACUGGAACGGAGCCGUGCUGAAGGAGACCAGCAGCGGGAAGGUCAUUCCUCUGCGGGAAUCCUACCUGCAGGAAUUCCCGGAGGAGCUGAAAAACCACGGAGCCUAUUUAGGUUACACCGUCUCCUCCGUCGUCUCCACCAGGCACGAGCGGAUCUACGUGGCGGGAGCGCCGCGGUUCAACCACACGGGCAAGGUCAUCCUGUUCACCAUGCACAGCAACAGGAACCUCACCAUCCACCAGGCCCUCAAGGGAGAGCAGAUCGGCUCCUACUACGGCAGCGAGAUCAAUUCCCUGGACGUGAACGGCGACGGCGUCACCGACGUGCUGCUGGUGGGCGCGCCCAUGUUCUUCAGCGAGGGCAGGGAGAGGGGCAAGGUCUACGUCUACGCCCUGCAGGGGAACCUCUUUGUUCCCAGCGGAGCCCUGGUGGACCUCCAGAGUUACCAGAAUUCCCGUUUCGGCUCCUGCAUCGCCGCCGUUCCCGACCUCAACCAGGACUCCUACAACGACCUGGUGGUCGGGGCCCCUCUGGAGGACGAGCACCAAGGAGCCAUUUACAUUUUCCUUGGAUUCCAGGAGACCAUCCUGAAGAAGUACAAGCAGCGGAUCGCGGCCGCCGACCUCGCUCCGGGCCUGAUGUAUUUUGGAUGCAGCAUCCACGGGCAGCUGGAUCUGAACGAGGACGGACUCGUGGACUUGGCCGUGGGCUCGCUGGGGAACGCCGUGGUGCUGUGGUCCCGCAGCGUGGUCCAGAUCAACGCCAGCCUCCGCUUCGAGCCGCCCAAGAUCAACAUCUUCACCAAGGACUGCAGGCGCAACGGCAAGGAGGCCACCUGCAUGAGGGCCUUCGUCUGCUUCACCGCCCUCUUCCUCUCCGCUCACUUCCAGACUGCCAGCGUGGGGCUCAGGUACAACACGACCAUCGACGAGCGCCGCUACUCGCCCCGGGCGCACCUGGACGACGGCGGGGAGCGGGCGCGGGGGCUGCUGCUGCCCGCUGGGCAGGAGCUCUGCCACACCCUCCCCUUCCACGUCCUGGACACGGCGGAUUACGUGAAGCCGGUGACGUUCUCCAUCGACUACGAGCUGGAGCAUCCCGAGCACGGCCCCAUGCUGGACGAUGGGUGGCCCACCUCGCUCAGGGUCUCUGUCCCCUUCUGGAAUGGCUGCAACGAGGACGAGCACUGUGUCCCCGAUCUGGUGCUGGAUGCCAGAAGUGACAUUCCCAGUGCCAUGGAGUUCUGCCGGAGGGCGCUGCGGAGGGGGGACUGCUCGGCCUUCAGCCUCUCCUUCGACGCCUCCGUCUUCGUCAUCGAGAGCAGCAGGAGAAGGGUGGCCGUGGAAGCCACGCUGGAAAACCGCGGGGAGAACGCCUACAGCACCGUCCUCAACAUCUCCUUCUCCAGGAACCUCCAGCUGGCCAGCUUGAUCCCCAAGGACGACACCGACAUCAACAUCGACUGCGCCAGUGACGACAAGCACCCCACCAGGAGGGUGUGCAACGUCAGCUACCCCUUCUUCCGAGCCAAGGCCAAGGUCGCUUUCCGCCUGGAUUUUGAAUUCAGCAAGUCCGUCUUCCUGCAGAGCAUGGAGGUCUACAUGGUUGCCAGCAGUGACAGCGAGGAGAAGGAGAGCACCAAGGAGGACAACGUUGCCCACCUCAACUUCCAGCUCAAGUACGAGGCCGACCUGCUCUUCACCAGGACGUCGAGCCUGGACUAUUUUGAGAUCAGAUCCAACAAUUCCCUGGAUAGAUCCAACCCCAUCGGGCCCCCCUUCCACUGCACCUUCACGCUGCAGAACCUGGGAUUCUUCCCGGUGCAAGGGGUGACCCUGAAGAUCACCGUGCCCGUGGCCACCCGGGCGGGCAACCGGCUCCUGCUGCCCUCGGAAUUCCGGGCAGACCAGGAAAAUACGACCUGCAGCAUUUGGGGGAACACCACUGACUACCGCAGAACCCCGGCGGAGGAGGACCUGUCCCGCACCCCACACCUGAACCACAGCAACUCCGACGUGGUUUCCAUCGACUGCGAGGUGAAGCUGGCUCCCAACGAGGAGCUGAACCUGCACUUGCGUGGGAACCUGUGGAUGAAGUCUCUGAAAGCACUGAAGUUCAAGGCACUGAAGCUCACCACCAUCGCCGCGCUCCAGCGGCGCUUCCGGAGCCCCUUCGUUUUCCGGGAGGAGGAUCCCAGCCGCCAGAUCACGUUUGAGAUCUCCAAGCCCGAGGAAUCGCAGAUUCCCAUCUGGAUCAUCCUUGGGAGCACCUUCGGAGGUCUCCUGCUCCUGGCCCUGCUGGUCCUGGCGCUCUGGAAGCUCGGGUUCUUCAAGAGCGGGAGCCGCCGGCGAGCGGCCGAGCGGGAGCAGAAUUCCCACGGGAUGGAGUGACUCUGCCGGGGCCAGGAGCCCCCUCCCAGCUCCGGAGAUUCCCGGGAUCCCGAGGGAUUUGGGGGCUGAGCUUGGCUUUGCAGCAGGACCAGAGAACACCCCUUGUGGGACAGCACUUAGAAGCCAUAAAAAAACCCCUCAAACCAAUGGAAAAUUCCCAAAAAAAAUCUCCUCGGAGGUGCUUUCAACUGGGGUUCCAUAAAAACACCCCUCAAACCAAUGGAAAAUUCCCCAAAAAUCUUCUCAGAGGUGCUUUCAAAUGGGGUUCCAUAAAAAAAGACCUCAAAUCAACCAAAAAUUCCCCAAAAAUCUCCUCGGAGGUGCUUCCAACUGGGAAUUCACCAAGGUGGCAGCAGCGGGGACGAGGGGACGCCGACGUGAGGGGUCCCUGAAGAGGAGCUGGAAAACUCCUUAAAAUAAUAAUAUUAUCCCAAAAAAACCCCAUGGAUUGCUCCUGCCCGUGGCGGAGCUGUCGCAGGCCCCGGGCUCUGCUGGCCACAGCUCUCAAACUGCCUUCGUUAAGAGGAGUAAUUAAGUGGAGGCGUUAAUUAGUCUGAAUGCACUGAAGGAAAUUCUUGUGAUUUCAAGCACCUUAAACGCCAAAUCUCCGUGUCCAGCUGUACAUAAUUCUUCUAAAAACAGGAAGGAAAAGAAGGGGGGAAAAUUUAAAACCCUGCCAAAAAAAAAAAUUAAAAAUUAAGAAAUAAUUUCGAAAAAAAUUGAAAUCGUUUAAAGAAUUAAUUAAAAAGCAGUUGGAUGAGUUUUGUCCCAGCAGAGCAGUUUGGGGAGCCCACGUGUAUCAUACCUGUACAUAGCUGGUGCCAUGGAAAUCAUGGAAUUUUAAGGGCGGGAAUGUGCCCUCGGCAUAGCGGAAUUAUUUAUGCUAAUAUUAAUUUUAUGGAGAAGAGGGAAGUGGAUUUUUUUGGAUGCGGGAUGAGGUUCGGGAAAUACCGUUCCUGGUAUUUUUUAAGAAUUAAAAAUAUGGUAUUUUAAAA